CCGGCCCUCGAGCUCCAACUCCAGCCCGGGCCCAAGCAAGUUGCGCCGGCGGCGGAGAGCCGGGCUGCAGGGCCACCGGCCCGCCAUGCCGGCGGUCAAGAAGGAGCUCCCAGGCCGCGAGGACCUGGCCCUGGCUCUGGCCGCCUUCCGUCCGACCCUGGCCGCACUACCACUGCCGCCGCUCCCAGGCUACCUGACACCACUGCCAGCUUCGGCCGCCCUGCCCCCGGCCGCCUCGCUACCCGCCGCGACCGCCGGCUACGAGGCGCUGUUGGCUCCGUCACUCCGCUCGCCGCGCGCCUACCUGAGCCUACACGAGGCCGCCCCGUACCUCCACCUGCCCCGGGACCCCCUGGCCCUCGAGCGCUUCUCUGCCACUGCGGCCGCAGCACCGGAUUUCCAGCCGCUGCUCGACAACGGCGAGCCGUGCAUCGAGGUGGAGUGCGGCGCCAACCGCGCGCUACUUUACGUGCGCAAACUCUGCCAGGGCAGCAAAGGUCCGUCCAUCCGCCACCGCGGGGAGUGGCUCACACCCAACGAGUUCCAGUUCGUCAGCGGCCGGGAGACGGCCAAGGACUGGAAGCGCAGCAUCCGCCACAAAGGAAAAAGUCUGAAGACGCUUAUGUCCAAGGGGAUUCUGCAGGUGCACCCUCCGAUCUGCGACUGUCCAGGCUGUCGAAUAUCCUCCCCAGUGAACCGGGGGCGGCUGGCAGACAAGAGGACGGUUGCCCUCCCCACUGCGCGGGUCCUAAAGAAGGAGCUGACCACCAGCUUCUCGGCCAGUGACGGUGACAGCGAUGGGAACGGCCCCGCCUAUGGGCAGCGGCCAGGCUUGAAGCAGGAGGACACCCCACAUGUCCGUAUCAUGAAGAGAAGAGUCCACACCCACUGGGACGUGAACAUCUCCUUCCGAGAGACGUCCUGCAGCCAGGACAGUGACCUGCCCACCCUCAUAUCCAGCGUCCAUCGUAGCCGCCACCUCGUUAUGCCCGAGCAUCAGAGCCGCUGUGAAUUCCAGAGAGGUGGUGUGGAGAUCGGCCUGGGAGCUGAAGGUGACCUGUUGGGCAAGAGGCCAGGCCGCACCCCCCACGUCAGCGGUGAGUGCCCACUGGAGAAGAAGGCACGAAGCAAGCCACCCCAAGAGACUCUGUUGCUGCCAGAACUAGGGCCCAGCAUGGCCCCUGAGGAUCACUACCGCCGGCUUGUGUCUGCCCUGAGUGAGGCCGGCACCUUUGAGGACCCGCAGCGUCUCUACCACCUGGGCCUCCCCAGCCACGAUCUCCUGAGGGUCCGGCAAGAGGUGGCAGCAGCAUCUGUGAGGAGCCCCAGUGGCCUGGAAGUCCACUUACCCUCAUCCACGGCAGGUCAGCGCCGAAAGCAGGGCCUGGCUCAGCACCGAGAGGGCACCAUGCCAGCUGGCACCCCAUCCUUCUCAGAGAGGGAACUGUCGCAGCCGCCCCCCUUGCUGUCGCCCCAGAAUGCCCCUCACAUCGCCCUGGGCCCCCACCUUCGGCCUCCCUUUCUGGGGGUGCCCUCGGCCCUGUGCCAGACCCCAGGUUACGGCUUCCUGCCCCCUGCCCAGGCGGAGAUGCUCGCCCGGCAGCAGGAGCUCCUGCGGAAGCAGAACCUGGCCCGACUGGAGAUGUCGGCAGAGCUGCUGCGUCAGAAGGAGCUGGAGAGCGCGCACCGGCCGCAGCUGCUGGCGCCCGAAGCCACCCUGCGCCCCGCCGACGGCGCCGAGGAGUUGCAGCGGCGCGGGGCCAUGCUGGUGCUGAGACACAGCUCCGCGCCGCUGCUGGCCCUGCCCCCCCAGGGACCCCCGGGCCCCGGCCCACCCACCCCUCCCCGGGAGCCUGUCCGCCGAGCCCCUCGGAAGGGGGGACCCAGCCCUGCCUCAGCCCACUCCAGUGAGUCCAAGGAGACCACGGGGGCUGGGCUCUGGGCACAAGAUGGCUCUGAGGAUGAGCCCCCAAAGGAUUCAGAAGGAGAGGACCCUGAGAUGGUGGCCGCCGGGGGCCAGGGCCCCACCCUGGGCCAAGCCCCAACUGGAGGGGCCAGCCCUGAGGGGAAGGGGCUUCUCUCAGGGUCCAUGCUGCCCCCUCCACUGCCCCUGGGCUUACCCUACGCCGUCAGCCCCUACUUCCACACAGGCACCAUAGGGGGACUCUUCAUGGAUGGGGAGGAGGCCACAGCCCCUGAGGACCUCAGCAAGUGGACAGUGGACGAUGUCUGCAGCUUUGUGGGGGGCCUUUCUGGCUGUGGAGAAUAUGCACCGGUCUUCAGAGAACAGGGGAUCGAUGGGGAGACCUUGCCCCUGCUGACAGAGGAGCACCUCCUGACCACCAUGGGGCUGAAGCUCGGGCCUGCUCUCAAGAUCCGGGCCCAGGUGGCCAAGCGCCUGGGCCGAGUCUUCUACAUGGCCAGCUUCCCUGUGGCUUUGCCACUGCAGCCACCAACACUACGGGCCCCAGAGCGGGAGCUCACCUCUGGAGAGCAGGCCCUGUCCCCAGCAUUGGCCCCUUCCCCCUAUGGUGGGGGGCACCCCCCUGCUGGGAGAGCCUCGCCCAAGCAAGAGAAUGGAACUGUGGCUCUACUCCCAGGGCCUGCAGACCCCUCCCAGCCUCUGUGCUAACCUGGUGGGUGGACCACCCUCAUCCCUAAGCCCUUCGGUGCCAGCAGCUCUGAUACAAAGGACCCACUCCACAGCUUCUCUUCCUUUUGGUUUUGGAUGCAAAAACAAAGAUUUUUUUAAAGGAAAACAUGACAUCAAAGGAAAAGAGUUUCUGAAACUUUCUGGGAGUAGAGUCAGGUGCAGACAGCCUAGGGACCCAAACCUGAGCCCAGGCACAGGGACUCUGCAUCCUGGGUACCUGCAGACAAACCAAAGAAUGACAGAGGAGGCGGAGAAGGCACAUCAUGCCACACUGGCCUUGGCCAUGCCUGCUGGCUCUCUCUGGAACCGGGACAGUUCUCUGCGAGAUUCUCAGCAUCCUGCCAUCGGGUGAGAGGUCAGGGCAGAGUCCCACUCCAGACCAGCUUCCCUCACGGGGCUGAUGUAUCUAACCCAGCAGUGCGGUAUGCACUGUGGGCAGGCUCCACGGUGCUGGUUUCCAUCCCCACAGCCGCCACUCCAGGGAUCUGCACAGGGCUCGGUACUUUCUGGUCUUUCAUGUUGCGAAAAUAAAGCCCAGUCCACCAUCUACUGCCCUCCCCCGCACCGCGCGGGCCCUGGCCUCGGGUCUCAGCACCGGCCAAGAAGACACAAGCCUGGCUGCCUGAUAAGGUGGGAACACUGCACGGCAGUCCCCGCAGGCCCCGCCCCAGGCCGGCAGCCCUCAAUCCUCCUCAGAGAGCUGUAGCUCCUCCAACUCAUCCUCUGGUCCCUGGGCCAGCCGCCACAGCUCCCCGAGGUGCAGCCCCGCCUCUGUGUCUGGGUCUCCAUCUGCAGGGAGAGACCGAGGCUACAUAAAUUCUGCUUUAUCAGGAAGAAGCCAGCCUUUGGAGAUUACUCAUCACUAAUUAAUCACAGCCCUAAUUAAUUUAUUGGUGCCACUGUUACUGGCUGCCAGAGCCAGCGGGAACGGAGCAGCUGGCGUGGCAACCUCAAGGAGGGGUGUGAGCCCAGCUUAGAGCCAUUCUCCCACCCAAUGGCCCCACCCACCCACCGACGAAGUGCCGCCCACGACAGCCUUGGGUUCCUGAACAGACAGGUUCAAAGGGCCACAGCAUCACCCCUCACUCCCAGGAAUCACUCACCCUUUGAAUUGCUGAUUUCCUCUUGGCUGCUAAGGCUGCCAUCCUCCUCCUCCUUUUCCUCCUCUACCCUCUGCCAAGCUCUCGGGGACCCAGGCAUCCCUGGGGACCAAGAAGAGCCCAUGGGAGUAAGCCCACCAGCAAAUACAUACUGGGGACAGCUAAUGUAGGAGCGUGGGCCAGGCUCAGAACCCCGUACCCACCCACCCUUCCCUCAGGCCCCCUUCAUACAGGUGGAAAGGAUUCAGAAGUGUCCAGCCAAUAGGACAGGUGAGGGAGUAAGGUCUUGGGACACGUGUCCCAACUCUGGGAGGCCCUCACCUCAAAGCAAGUGAAGCGGUGGGAGAAGGCGCACGCAAACGUGAGCCGCCAGGGGGAAGCGGGCACCCUCUUCUGGUUCCACGAGAUGUGUCAGGAAGCCUUCCAGGGCCACCUACCCCUUCCCCACAGGGAGCUCAGGCUCAGGAGCCCAGGCCCCUACCUCUCUCUGAGAAAUCCAUGGCACUGUCUUCCUCGUCACUGUCCAGAUCAAAGAGGUCCUUAAAUUCCA